AUGAACGACAAAGAACUGAUCAUGAAAGUGAAUCUGAAAAACGAGAAUCGACUCUCCGCUACUGUGCCACUGUUCCUGGGGGUGUUCAGGGGGAAGGGUUUAAUUGACAGGUCUACCAAAGACAUACCACGUUUCAAAAAUGAACUUGAUGUCAUGAAGUUCAUCUGCAAAGAUUUCUGGACCAGUGUUUUUAAGAAGCAGAUUGACAACCUGCGAACCAACCACCAGGGUAUUUAUGUGCUUCAAGACAACAAGUUUCGACUGCUGACCCAACUAUCAUCUGGUAAACAAUAUCUGGAACAUGCCUCCAAGUUUUUGGCCUUCACCUGUGGCCUGGUCCGAGGUGGGCUUUCUUAUCUCGGUGUGAAAAGUGUUGUCACUACGGAAGUGUCAGUCAUGCCACACAUAAAUACACAGUCUAAGUCAAAUAACUACUAUGAACAGAGUUUUUGUAAAUUCCAGGUGAUGAUCCAGAAGAUGUGA